CUCGGAAAAGUUCAUCGACAAAUCAAGAUCAAUUGCAACAGCCACAUUUUGAGACCGAGCAUAUAGCGAGUCAAGACGCAUCAGUACGAGGAUCACUUCUAUAUGACCACAGCGAUCAUUCCUGCCUCUAUCAGUUGCGGCGAGCAUGGUCAUGAACGAUGAGCAAGCUUGCUGCAGAUGACAAAUCUCGAGCAAGUCUCACUGGAAACCAUGGACAUGUGCGAAAAUGACCUUCGAGGUUCUUUCAGGCCUACUGUUCUUGGUACUUUAUGGUGCCUCUGUAGAGCCCAUCAUGCCCAGACUUCUGCACAAAAUCACCAGGGACAGAAGUGUACUCUCCUUCGUACCGCCGAGAUAAGAACCUCCUCUUUUCAAGGAAGCAACAGUUGUCAGCAACACAGCCUUUGGUGCGCAUCCUCAUGCAAGUCCGCCUAUUCCGAUAUACGAUUCUUCAUUUUGUUGUAGUCUUUGAGGUGCAUCGUCACGGCUUUGCGAAACGAUUCCUCAUGAAGGCAUCCACAAUAAACGAAACGGUAUUCUUUCUGCCAGUCGAUGCUCCAAGGAGUCCUUAAGUCGACCCAACAAUCCUCUCGCAGUCGUUGUGAGUUCUUCAUGAAGACCAUGAGCUCCUCAGACUCUUCAUCUCCCGACUGGCCUUCCUCUUGCUGCUUUGAGCGCGGGCGGCUUGCCGAGCGAAGCCUAUGUGAACCAGUAUCCAUCUCUGGCUUAAGCUUCCUGAACGUGCUCAGAUGCAGCUCGGUGUUGGUGCGGUGCCAUACCCUGUACAAUUCUUCCGGUUCGAAAUUGAAGUUAUGAUUGUUGUCAUAAUGGGCCUCAAUGGGCUCAAUCUCCUCUGGGUAAGCCUGCUUAUUGCGGGAUCGGACGUCGACUUGGUACGAUACAGCGUCCCGGGCCAGCUCAGCGUUUCUUCGGUCGAGGAUGGAGGCGAGUUCUCUUAUCUCGUCUGAGUGAGCCUCGUCAUGAUGGGAUUGCGAGGAAGGCUGGACCUGAGUGUCUGAGACGAUAAAGAUUUCAGUAAAAGACACCGAUGUAAGGACAACCUUCAUCAUCGCGGUAUAUAUACCUCUGCUUCCAGGUUCUUCAUGGGUGCCUUCGAUAGCGGCCGGUCUUCCCCUUGUAUUAUUCGAGGUGGUCAUGUUGAACGAUUCUUGUUGGUUGGCCUGUCCCUAGAAGAGACGAGCAUUGCCGCUGGCUCGGUUGACAAUGUGCGACUGUCCGUCGGUGAGAUGAAUGUGUUGGACAAUCUGCGGCAUGUGUCGCUUUACCACUUGUCUGUGGUCAGGCGCUACUGCAAUUGUGCAACAAGCGCCUGCCGGUUCGACAACUCUUGGGUCUAAAAGAUGUUGAAGAGGCUUGCAAGGCGAAUGGAUCGUCUCUGGGUUGAGGUUGCCUUGACCAUUAACCGCGCCCUCUUCAGGCCUGCGCGCGGGCUUGAUUGGUGUAUUCAGCGCCCGACUCGCAUGGCAUGGGCAGGGAGGGUAGUUAAAGGCUGGCCCGCGGAGAGUGCCCCAAUAGAUUAGCGACAGCCGCCUCCUGCCUGCAAAGCCGCGGAUGCAGGCUGCAACCAACGCAGCCUUUCGUGUCAUCAGUGUCAAGGUUGAACAUUCCCCACUGCCACCUUACGGUGCAGCCAUGUUUCCUGGCAGUGCUUUGCUAAUCACAUAUUUGAAGUUGGCUGUCCGGCUCGAUGGCUGUCCAGCUAUGAGCAUUCAUCGACAUGUUCACCCUGGCGACGCGCGACGAUGGCAGAAGCCGCUGGCCUUACUCUUGGUACCGUGGCUCUUGCUUCUCUAUUUACGACUUGCAUCGAAUGCAUCGAAUAUUUCGAGCUAAGCAAGAGCUAUGAGUAUGACUACGGUUUAGCAUGCUUGAAGUUGUCUCUGCUCAAAUCUCGUCUGGACAAUUGGUGGUAUGCAACGGGCCUAUGUAGCAACGAUCACGAGGGCAGACCGCCAUCGACAGGAUGGCCACGGAAACGGGACGUGAUUCAGACAAGCCUGCAGGGUAUCGUCGAUAUUAUUAGCAACGCCGAACUUCUCAGAGAUAAGUACAGGCUUCUACCCCGCAAGUCUCGAAAGAUCAAUGGCUGUCUUUGGCGAGGCGCUCAAAAACAGGCAGCAAGUGUCAUUUCUGAUAGCAGGCCUCGUUCCUCGGAUUCGAGCCCUGGCAAGUCAUUCUUGCGACGUUCCACUACGUGGGCGAUACGACAAGCAGAGAUUUGAUGGUCUUAUAAACGACCUCGAAUUCCUCAUAUCGAACAUCGAAGCUGCAUCUCCACGAGAACCUCCUCUGACGAUUACUCCACUAGAGAUGGAUUCUCGAACCCUGACCGAGGAGCACAAAGCAGAGGUGAAAUGCCGCUCCACCGAGUCCUCCUCGACCGCACCCUUGGACAGUAUGGCCAAUCAGAGCGUCUGCAAGACCUCAAUAGCAACGAUGGCUCAACGUCAGCCACCUCAGCAAACAAUAAUCCAAGCAUCCGCGUCAACCUCUGUGAAAGCACCCUCAAAUACAUGUAUACACAGGGAGCAAGGCUACACCUGGAGCAUCAAUGAGAUGAGAGACUCCUCGGCCGUAUUCUACGGCAACGUCGGAGGUGCGCAGCUAGCGCCUGCCCCAGCAGGCCAAACCGUUCAGUUCAAAGUCGGAACGACCACUGGCCAUGCAAGAGUUAUGGGAGGAGCUAUGAACGACAGAAACUUCGACACCUUCUUCAAUGCUACAGCUCGGGACAGGAAAUGACACGACCUAAUUGCGAGACGGUCAAAUCGAAACAACAACCGUGUGUAGGGGAGCUUUUCCGGAUUAUAUAUACCUAUGAACACAAUGCCGAAGUCUGGCCUUAUACUAUGUCGCACUAUGCUGCUGGUCCAAGCAUGAAUUGUUCCUCCCAGUACGCCCCGGAGUCUACCUGACCACAUAUCGCUUUUCGGCCGUACCAAAUGGACCGAGGCUGGAAACAGGGUAAACAUCAGUCAGGGACGGCCAGUCCACGAGCAUAGGAAAAUCUAUGUCGUUUUCGAUAUGGACGAGUACGAUAAUGACCCGUCAGAACAUGGUGCUCCGUACGGCGCCGAAAGGGACAGAAUUCGCGACCCGUCAGCCUAAUGCACCAGACUGAUGGAUACUGGUCACAGUCUAGUCACGGCGAGCUGCUAGGAGGGUGACCAUGUGCAGCGCCUGCUUUCUCAUAGCCUGCCACGGUCUCUGAUGGAAUGGGAAUCGUAUAUGUUGCAUGUUGCCACCUCUCCCAUAAAUGUCUCUGUAAAUGUAGAUAAUGCUACCACUUCCAGGGUCUGCACGAUUCGCUGCAAGGCCACAAUUCUAA